AUGUCGACCGAAUCGCAACCCCUCGGCCAGUGGGUCACAGAGCUCAACAACACUCUGUUCUUCCAGCCGGACGACGAGCUGGCGCGGAGGGCUGUCGAGGAACAGAUUGAUACCAGCUUGGUGGUCAAAAUCAACCACGAUGUCUAUACGUAUGACCAGUUCAAACCGGGCAUCCAGCACGCCCGUAGCUCUCGGAUCUCGGUCCUCGAGACCUUCUCAGUCCUGCUCGAGUGGGAGGACCCGGUGAAAAAGGACGGCGUCGUCGCCGUGCUCAGCACGUGGUCGACCAAGGACAAGGCCUCGGGGGAGGAGAAAAAGCACACGACCGUCAUCAUCUGGGAGAUCAAGUUGAUUGGUGGCAAGAGGAAGGUCACGGCUCAAACGGAGGCCGAGUCUAGCUGA